AUGAAGAACCUGCUCUCCGCCAUUGCAAGCGGCUCGCUCGGCAAUGGAGUGAAAGCAGCUCAUGUGAAAGAAAUCUUAGCCGAGGUUCAGUCAUAUCGAGACAACAAGGCUGCAGACGCGUUCUAUGAGACGCUGGACAGAGUGUUAAGCGAACUGAGGGCCACACCCGAAGCUGUCGCAUUCCGCAACCCUGUCAAGAGAAGCGAAGCCCCUGACUAUGAGGACUACAUCAAGAAUCCAAUGGACCUAUCAACGAUGGUGAAGAAGGUCAAGAAUCGUGUGUACGAGAACAAGGCACAGUUUGCCACCGAUCUCAACCUGAUUUGGGACAACUGUCUCACGUACAAUAGUGAACCGACACAUCCUCUUCGCCGGCAAGCCCAGCUAAUGCGUCGUAAAGCGGACCAUGUCCUGGAGCGCAUCAACGAUCGCGGAGAGGUCGCCAAGCCUACUAAGAAUGGCAAACUCAAACCAAAGAUGUCCGCGAAGGACCGUGAGCGGGAGAGGCAACUGGAAAGGGAACGCUCAAAGAUGCGCGAGCGGGAAAAGAAGAUGGAGCAAACGGCGAAGACGACACCUUCUACUGGUGGACUGGGACAGAGUCUCAGCGUGCUACUCGCCAUGGAUGCGAAGGAGGCUGCUCAGGGAGAAGCCAAUGCGGAGCAGGAAGCAGCGGCCAAGGCCGAGCUGGAGAAUGCGAAGAAAGACGAGAAUGUGCUGGUAUCACUACCGCAGAGAACACCGGACGCUAUGACUCGCUUCCUGGAGAUGACACGGAAGCUGGACUCAUUCGAUGAUCGACCGUUAGCUCAAGCCGGACCCUCAUACGCAGGUGUUGUCGAUGGUAUCAUUCCAAAAUCUGAGUAUCCUGUCUUCACUCCAUUUGGACCGAUGGACGUAUUCCCUGCUCCGACCUUCAAUUCAGAUCCACAACGGACUCCCGAGCGACCACGCAAGCGUACACUCGCAGAAGCAUUCGAUGCCGCAGAAGUUGAGGCGAAGGCGGUAGUGGAGAAGAAACGAGAAGAACGCAUAUUGCAGAACGGUCAUGCCCCAAAAAGAAAAAACCUCGGCGUCAGAGACGAACUCCUCAAAGAUUGGUAUGGUGAUUUCAUGAAGCCAGAAAUGAUGGCUUCAGGUGUCCCGGAGUUGGGUGACUGGAUUGCUGAUGACGCGGUGGAGAUGCCUCCGAAGAAAAAACCAAAAGCAAAUGGAGUGAUCGAAAGAAAGAAGAAGAAACACGUUCGAAAAGAGACACUUCGAAGUUCAAUAGAGUCCAACGUCCAAACUUUGUACGAAGUGCGGAAGAUGAAGGACAAGCUUCAAAGGAUUGCCGAUAUCAGAGAGGCAGAGGAGAAAGGAGAAGAAGAUAUCGUUAUGGAAGAUCCGUUACCCCCUCCGCCGGAGCAGCCCGAUGAUCCCCCUAGACCUGGUUACGCCUUCGAACCCGAAGAUGGAAUCAAGAACACUUCUUACAUGUUAUUGCGGCAUGCUGGGUUUGAAGGGUGCAGCAAAACAGCGCUGGGCGUAGUGAACGAUGUGGCAGCUGAAUACAUCCGCAACAUUGGUCGGAGCAUGCGGUAUUUUCUCGACAUGCAUUCGGCGGAUAUGCCGGCGGAGGAGAUUGUCCUUCAUACCCUCUUCGAGAACGGAGUGACUGAGGUCAACCAGCUCGAACGCUACGUCCGUGAUGAUGUGCAACGAUAUGGCGGGCGGCUACAGGAGAUCUCGCGCAGGCUACAGACAGCAUACCGCGAGCAGACGGAGAAGGAGGUUGACGAAGAGGACUUCGAUGAGGAAGAGGACAUCGUUGGGGGUGCGCUUGGAGACAUGCUUGGAGUGGACUUUCUUGGCUUGCAAGACCUCGGUCUGGAAGGAAUUACAUCCCUGUCAGUACCAAAACGCCUGUUGCUUGGGAAGGGCAAGAAGGCUGCAGCGGCUGCAGCCAAAGAGCAACCUGCAGAAAAACCCCUCCCAUACCCGAAGCCUGCACCUUUCAUACCUUUCACUGAGGACAAGAUCGACAAGCAAAUUGGAUUGCUGCACAACUUCUACAAAUCGAAACUCCUACCCAUGCCAGCUCCCUCGGAAAAUGGACCAGAAAAUCACACCAAGGCACAACACGCGCAGAACUCCAAGAAUGCGCACAACGCUGCAGCGAUCUCCCCGUUGGAUGGUGUCUUUCCUCGCCCCGUGGCGGAAGAACCGAAGGCUAGCACCGAGAUCAAGCGAUACGUGCCUGAGGAUCCUGGCAAUGCGUCUAAGACCAAGAUCGGAACUAAAGGAGAAAUACUUAUGCAUGCGUCGGCGUCUUCCAGCAAGAAAAAGAAAGGCAAGAGCGCGACAGGAUCAGAAGCACCAGCCCCUGCCCCACCUCCUGUUCCGCCUGUCGUACCUAAGAUGGAAGAGAAACGACCGUCACCUGCUCCACCUCCAGUUAAGGUGCUAUCAUCUGUACCAGCUUCCGAGUCUGGCAGCGUUGCUAUCAGUCCUGCGGCUGAAAAACGCAAGACUGCAUCGCAGUCUCCUGUCAAUGGUCCUCGAGCCCCACCCGUUGCUCCUUCUCAACCUCCGCCAGGCAUGAUGCCACACCCAGCAUAUCCUCAAUUGCCGCCCUUUCCGGGAUACCCACCACCCUUGGCUCCUGGUGCUCCGCCUAUGUGGCCGCCGCCCAUGUAUCCUCCGCCCUGGAUGCAGCCCAUACCGAAUGGAACUGUCCCCGCCCCUCCUCUUGCACCUGAUGGUACCGCAGUACCACCACCAAAACAACCUGCAUUUUCACCCACACGAGGCGGAGCCGGUCGCGGGCGGGGGAGUGCGAGCAGCGCAGGUCGCGGCGGCGCUGCUCGAGGCGGUGUGACCAAGCCCCGAGGGGCGGCGCCCCGGGGCACACCAGCGAAGUCUUAGUGUUAUUCUGGCCCACGCAUCGCUGUGUUACCCUUCCUACCACCUCUGGCUUUUCCUACCUCUGUUCCAUGGUGUUCCACCAGGCCUGUGUACCCAUGCUUACUCCAUGAUUUUCUUGACUCCUUCACUUUUUCAC